AUGAGUGACAAAGAUGAUGGUGGUACUUCAAGUCCCAUCCCGGUGGUAACAUCCCGCGGCACGUGUGCAGUAAAGUCGGAGUUCCUCCGACCGGCGCCAGUUCGUGUUACGCUCGAUACUGAGGGUCGCACAAGAGGGAUGAACAAAGGGGCGGAAAGACUUCGCUGUGACGUUGUUGAAGGCACUCAACGACCUUCUUUGGAAGGGGAGUCCAAUUUCUUUCAUGGAGAGGUGCUACAACGAAUCAAAGCUGUGGUUCGUGGGAAGAGAAAGGAUACGAAGCGCGACCGCCGUGAGGACUGCCAGGCACCUUCUGGGGAAGCUGAGUCAACUGCAGGGAAGGUGAAACAUGAUGAUGAAGAAAGAGGGACCCCAGCGCUACAGCAAACUAAUACAGAUGAAAGCCAUAUUACCGUCAAGAGUGCUGUCGCGAGGGCAAGUAAUACCGAAGAAUCCAUGCGAGAAAGGAGUGCGCAACACAAGGCACUCUUCAGCAACAAACUCGUCCUAGCGCCACUCACGACAGUGGGGAACCUGCCAUUCCGUAGGGUGUGCAAAGAAUACGGAGCGGAUAUAACAGUAGGUGAAAUGGCAAUAGUUCAUAACCUUAAUCGUCUGCAGAAAUCUGAGUGGUCCCUAUUGCGUCGGCACUCGUCUGAGGAUAUCUUCGGUUUGCAGAUAGCUGUUUCACGUCCACAUGAUGCUAUUACGUGGGCACAAGCAGUCGAAGAGUCGGGAUUUUCCUAUGAUUUCGUUGAUAUUAACUGCGGGUGCCCAGUCGAUAAAGUUGUCCUCUCUGGCUGCGGCUGUGGUCUGUGGGAAAGGAAAGGUAACCGCUUGCGAGAUGUUGUUCAGUCGCUAGUGGCACAUCAAUCGAAGCCUGUUACCAUCAAGUGUCGAAUGGGACCCGACGAAGAGAACCCGGAGCUCCACAAGCAUAUUGCUGAUUACGAAACGUGGGGUGCAGCGGCCGUGACUAUUCAUGGACGCUCACGCAGGCAGCGGUACACAAAACUAGCGAACUGGUCUUACAUCGACAACUGCGCCUCCCUUACGUCAUUGCCAGUAAUUGGAAACGGCGACAUAUUCUCGUGCGAAGAUAUUGUUGAACAUCGCGCGCAGUCCAAGAAUGUUAGCUCCUUCAUGAUUGGCCGAGGAGCUCUUGUAAAACCCUGGAUAUUUGAAGAAAUAAAGACGGGGCGAGUGUGGGAUAUUAGCAGUCAUGAACGCUUUGAGAUGCUGCGCCGGUUCUGCAACUUUGGCCUCUCGCACUGGGGAGCUGACGAGCGUGGAGUUCUUAAUACGCGUCGUUUCUUGUGUGAAUGGUUGUCUUUCUUGUGUCGAUACGUCCCUGUGGGACUGCUCGAAAGACCACCACAGCGCAUCAACGAGAGACCGCCCUACUACGAAGGACGGGACGAACUCGAAACGCUGAUGGCGAGCGAUAGUGCCGUCGACUGGAUCCGAAUCAGUGAAAUGUUGUUGGGGCCAGCAGGUGACAAGUUCAGAUUUACGCCAAAGCACAAAAGCAACGCCUAUGCCACGGGUGGAAGCCUGGCCGAAGCGGAUAUGGAUGUUGAGGGUUGA